AUGUGCUUCAGGUUUUUUAUCUUCAAGGUUCUCGAAAUUCGUCGAUUACUGCGACUAUUGUCUUUACAUUGGUGUAUGAGAUUUAUUUUCGUCAGCAUAUUAGGCCGUCUAACAAGGGGUAUAGCAUCAUCGACUUUUCAUUCACUAAAUUAUUGUCAAGAACUAUCUAUGCAUUCUACUAAGUAUACCACUGAAGAAUUUGGCUGUCUAUAUGGUUUGGAUUACAGAAUAUAUUUUAAAGAAAAUGGAUCUUACAUUUCACCUUGGCAUGAUAUACCGCUUUUCGCCGACAGAUCAAAAAAGAUUUACAACAUGGUUGUUGAAAUUCCUAGAUGGACUAAUGCUAAGAUGGAAAUGGCAACUAAAGAGUCAAUGUCCCCAAUUAAGCAGGAUGUCAAGAAAGGCUUGCCUCGGUUUGUAGAUAAUAUUUUUCCUUUCAAAGGAUAUAUUUGGAAUUAUGGCGCUAUCCCGCAAACAUGGGAAGAUCCCAGCCAUAUUGAUCCGGUUACCGAAGCAUGUGGUGAUAAUGAUCCAAUUGAUGUAUUUGAAAUUGGUUCCAAAAUUCAUCACCGAGGUGCCGUUAUACAAGUUAAGAUUCUUGGUAUCAUUGCACUGAUUGAUGAAGGUGAGACAGAUUGGAAGAUAGUUGCAAUUGAUUCGAAAGAUAAAAUGGCAAAUGAGGUUAACUGCAUUGGGGAUGUGGAAAAACACUUUCCGGGUCUAUUAAAAGCAAGUUAUGAGUGGUUCCGAAAUUACAAAAUUCCCACAGGGAAACCACCGAAUCAGUUUGGCUUCGAUGGUUUGUUCAAGGAUGCAGAUUUUGCUCACGAUAUUGUCCAAGAAACUCACAAAUUUUGGAAGCAACUCAUGAAACAGCAAUCACCAUUGCUGAAUACCGAAACAAGAACAUGUUCAGGAGCUGCAUAUCCAGCGGAUGAGAAUGCUUGGUGUGGAAUUGUAUCGAAACAGCCACAGCAUGGAAAUGAAAAGAAUAUUCCAAAAGAAGAGCUUGAUAAAUGGCAUUUCAUAAAGGAAUGA